UUUCUUAUGACCUCAUCGCAGCAGUUCAAGUGACCACACUUAGAGGCAGCUUGAUAUAUAUUGAGGCACCGACCAACCCAGACGAAAGAUGGCAAAAUUCCCGACGGGACGGUUCGUCCGCGGGGCACUCGAAGUCCAUGUACCGCCAACGGCACACAUAACAGGAGGACGAGACGGGAUGGGAAGAACAUGAGACAUCAAAGGAGACGAGACGAAAGAACGACAGGACGAUUAUCGGAUUAGUCAUCAAUUGGCCUACGGGAAGCUGAGCUGGGCCGUGCAAGUCCUGCAAGCCCGCACACUAACUACAAAUGAACGGCGCACACCCGCGUGGAAAAUUUGUGCAGGAACGUUCGGGAGCUCGACCCCCCCCAUGGCACGCUCCUGCAGCGUGACGCCGGAUGCCUGUGGCCGCGGAGAACAGGAUGUCCCCGAACAGGGAGAGGGAAGAUACGUGUACACACCCAUGAAGGAAAACACAGGGAGAGACAGAGAGAGAGAGAGAGAGGAAACACUGCAGCGAUUUUUCGGCACAGUGGCCUCGCCGGGCUCCGCGCGGCCUCCGCUCGGCCACCGUGGCGACGGGGGGAGGCCCCCCCGCGCACGGGCCCGUCGCCCGAGGGACGCGCCCGCGGCGAGGCGCAGCCUCGGAGGCGCGGCGGCGGCGAGCCCCCCGCGCAGGGAGGGUGCGCCGGACGCGGAGCGUCCCGGGUAUCUCAGGAGGCGUCUUCUCGCGGCGGCGCGCACAAAUUGGGUAAUGGGGGAGGUGGGCUGCUUCUGAGAGGGGAGAUGCCUCUCAGAAAGCACCAGCCCUGCAUCUGCAGACGAGGCCCGCGCCUCCCGAGAAGCAGGGGUGCUUCUUAGAAGAAGCCUUCCCCCUUUCCUGCCCCCCUUCUGCGCGUGGCCGAGACGCGCUGGACAGUGAGCGUACCCGGAGCAUCGCGGACAGGAGCGAAGCGUUUCUCUGGUCUAGACACCCUGGACCCUUCCGCGCGACACCUUUUGCCAUCAUUUCCGCCCUCUGGGGACCCUGGUCAGGCCACAGGACUGUAAACAAACCGCUGAGGAUGAAACAACGGCUCACCAAUAGUCGAGCGUCUUAAUUUGAGCGUCUCGUUCUUGCGAUCCGCGCAACAUUCUCGUUCUUGCUGCGCGCGGGCGCCCGCGGCCUCACAAGCCGCAUUUGCCCUGCCUCCCGACACCAGACACCAGACACCGCAGGUACGCUUCGCUCUGUGCUUGGGCAAAGAGGGAAAGGGCACGCUCGCCGACACGGUGCCUCCGCGAACCUGUCGCGGGCCAGAUUUGUCCCCGGCCUGGUCGGAAGCCGGCGUGAACCAAGAUCUGGUCUGGAAUGGGUCCGUGGAGCCUGGCGGGGGCACACAAUUCGAUGUUCCCCACACAAAUAUCUGAGAAUACUGCCCCUCUCCCGACUCUUCGCAC